CGGAGCUCGCGGCGGCCAUGGACGCACUGGCGGCCGCCGCGAGUCCUCGGCGCAUCGUAACGCACGUUAGCGCGUUUAUCCUCCCGGCCGCCCUCGGGGCGCAGGGACUGUUGUCGCCCCCAUUUUACAGAUGAAGGAACGCAAGCUGGGGAAACGCGCCCCCUCGGCCGGCUCCUCCCCCGCGCGCUCCUCCCCGGAACCUGACAGCCCUAGCCCUGCAGCGCUCUCCUGUCGCAGGCAUCUGGCCUGGUUCGUGCCUGGACUCGGCCCCUGCCUGCUCAGUUAUGGCUCCUGUUGGCAUCUGGAGCUGCCCUCCCCCAGUGCCUGCACCUGCAACCCUGGCUCCCAGGUUGUCCCCCUGCCACCUGGCCUGCGAGGCCCAGCCUGGGCUGUCAGGAAUGCUGUGUUUGGCCCCUGCAUGAUGGAUCCAGAAAGAAAGGGCCUGAGCCCCAGCUGCAGAGAGUCUGGCCCUUCCCGGAGCUCGGAGCCCCCUGCCCAGGCCCCAGUUCCAGCCUUGGUCAGAGUGCCCUGGUGCGCCCUCCCCGGCUCAGAACCCAAGGCCACCAGGGCUGGCACGGGCACAAGGGAAACAGCGCUGGACGCUUUGAUCCCAGAGGUCAGAUCCGUCCUCAGCCUCCCGGCCCCACCUUGGCACUGGGAGGGGUGGGGCGGGGCGGGGGCCUGGGCCGAAACCCAGCUCCCUGCCCGCAGAUGGGGCCUGGCACCACCUGGGCAGGGCAAGGGGGCAAAGGCAGGUUCUUCUUGCCAAGCCGCCCGGUCUGCCUCUGCCACCACAGACCCCGGUGCCUCCAUCCUCAGCCGCGGGACAGUGCUGUGGCGUAAAGGGGUGCAGUGUGAAGUGGGGCGGGUGCCAGAGCGCUUUUGAGAAAGGAUCCUGGGGGCCUCUGUCCCAGCCCGGGCGCCAGGUGCCAGGUCUUCCACACUGAGCUGACCCACCUCUGACGGUUUCCUUGGGAAUGGCCAAGCACCCCACACAGGCCCACCGGGAGCUAGGGCUGCACCAAGAACUUCAGGGGUAACAACUCAUUUGAAUCUUUGCCUCAGGGUGCCACUGAAGUCAGGACUCCUAGCACCCCCUGUCCAGAUGGGGAAACUGAGGCCCAGAGAGCCAACACCCU